AUGACGGCAGCAACGAAGCCGAUACGUCUCGUCCGCCUCGCCCACGUCUGCUACACACAUGCAGACCUCACGGCAGCCUCCCGGUUCCUCAUAGAUUUCGGCUUCCAGGAGCUGACCCAAACCGUCUCGCCGAGCACCGGCCAGAGAACAAUCUACUACCGCGGCACCACCACCCAGCAGCCCUUCGUCUACUGCGCGCGUGAAGGGCCCGAGGACGCCUUUGGCGGCGCCACGUUUGUGGUCGAAUCACGAGAAGACCUUGACUAUGCGGCCCAGACGCUACCGGGGUCGGAGGGGAUUGUCGAUCUGGAAGCAGAAGGUGUUCCUGGAGGCGGACUCUCCCUCACAUUCCACGACCCGGUUGAUGGGUUUCCUUUCCAUCUGGUCUGGGGACAGCGAGGACGAGAAGAGCACGGGGAGAAUCAGGGGGGAAACGGCUUGCCGGUGUUGCAGUAUAAUUUUGUACGUGUCUCAAAUCUCAUACCUCUCUUAUCUGCCAUUCAUCGCUGCCCUACAGAGAAGCACCGACCGGGAAAUAGCACUCAGAGGUUCAAACCGGGUACUUACUCCCUGGCAUCGCGGCAUCGCGGCAUCGCCUACUGUAUACAUACUAAACUGCAAUCAGGCCCAGCUCCCGUCCACAAACUCGGCCACUUUGGCAUGUGCGUGACGGAUUUUGCGCGCGCCUACGAGUUCUAUACCACUCGGUUCAACUUCAAGGCUAGUGAUCUCAUCCAUGAUGAAGCCGGUAACGAUGUGACCGCGUUCCUGCACUUGAGCCGUGGCCGCGAGCUCGUAGAUCACCACUGCUUCUUCAUUUUCGAAGGGCCCAAGUGGCAUGUGCAUCAUUCGUCAUUUGAAACACAUGAUUUUGAUACCCAGUUGCUGGGCCAUCAUUGGUUGAGAGAGAAGGGAUACACGAAUUGCUGGGGAGUGGGGAGGCAUAUCAUGGGAAGUCAGAUAUUUGAUUACUGGUUUGAUCCGUCACGAUUUAUUCUGGAGCAUUAUGUGGAUGGGGAUUUGGUGGAUGAGACGUACCCUACUCAUCGCUCACUCGCUUCGCCGGAUAAUUUGCAUGUUUGGGGUGAGUCCCUUUAUUUUCAUGCCCAUACGAGAUACUGGCUCUGGUGCUGA